ACAUAGAAUAAAAUAGCAUGGUAUUGUGGUGAAAUUUACUGGUGUGUAACCGGAACAGUACGGCGGAGUCUAAUUGAUCGACCGGAAAACAAGGCAGAGCAUCGACAGUCAUACUGCAGCCAUUAUACCAGACGGACGUCUAAUAUUGUAUCGAUUAUAAUCCUAUGUUUUGUGUGUCUACGUUUCUGGCCUGAGGGAUCCUGGAACAGAUACAUCUUUAUUUCUAGUUGUGCUCUAGCCUAGCCAGCUUCCUGAACCCGGUAUUUCUGGUAUCUGAGGAGAUAAGAGGGGACCUGCAGUGCGAUUGGAGCUACGUCAGUUGCGGUGAGACGUCGACUCGGUUCUCCGGCAUUGCUGGAGAUGUCAUCUAACAUUCGCAAAUCAACUUUACCGGCUGUGGCUGGUUUAGUUGAGGUUAUAGACAAAUUACGGGUCCGUGCUUGCAGCGUUCUAAAGGUCUAAAACAGAAAGAACCGGAAAGCAACACCAAGCUUAUAUCGCGAUGAUGUUGAAGAUACGGGUUAUUCUAUACUUUUCGGCGUGGCUUUUUAUGGCAUUGAUAUGCAUAGUAUUGAACUUCAUCAAUAUAGAUUGGGAAAUAACAGAUACCGCGAGUGGUAUACUAAUCGUGAUAGUUCUUGGAGUUUUUCAAGUAUCUGUGCUUGAGUUUCCCAUACAGACAAUUGCCACGUUACUCAUUGGCGGUGAACGACGUGAUGAUAAACGCGCCCCAUGUGAUCGUUUGACUGCUAUCCUCAAUUACAAUCUACUAGCAACGGGAAAAGACGAUAUUCUGGAAUGUUUUGAAAUGAUGUACAAGGCGUAUGUCGGAAACCUUAGUCCAAAUGUUUCGGCUGUUCUGUUAAGUGCUACUAACGACGAGAAACUGAAGGAAUAUGAAAUAGAGAUACGGGAUAAGUAUCGUGCUAUUUUGUAUGACGACUUGUACAGAGAAGGCCAGGCGUUUGCUCGGGGUGAAUAUCAACACGUUGAUUGCCUACACCUUGAACAUGUCUGGGCGAUGUAUGCUGAUGUAGAUAGAAAUGUUUUCAUGAAUGAUUAUCUUGAGGAAAUAUGUGACCGAUAUGCCCGUGAAUUUAUGGUAGUACAUCGAGUAAGCCGCGUCCUGAAGAAAUGUGGGCAGUAUCAAGACCUUAUGCUCCUAUCAGAAGGGGAAUGCGAAGCAUAUUCGUAUUGUGACAAAUCUUAUUACGGCCGAUCAGCUCGUGAACCCGGCGAAUCGUUAUUUCACACAAGCGAAGACGCAUCUAAUAUAAAAGAGAGGAAAUUUGACUACACACUUGUUUUAGACGCCGACAAUUGUGUACCUCGGGGCGGGGUUUUUGAUUUACUAAGCAUUGCGGCCGCGCAUCCCGAGAGAGGCAUCAUUCAACCAUCAAUCAAACUCCAUUGCGACUCAGGGAGCACAAUGUUCAUGCAUUUGGAGGCAAUGAGACAAAGCAUAUAUGAACCAAUAACGAACGCAAUAAACGCCCUUUUUGAACAAUCCUCGUUCUUCGGAAAAGCAUUAAUUAAAAAUAAAGUAUAUAUUGACUACGUGAUUGGUUCCAAAGACCAUCUCAUCGAAAGAGUGCCAGUUGACGUACUUAGUCAUGACAUCUUUGAAGCAGCGCUGCUGAAGCCGUUGUAUGCUGGAAGUACUUUCCUGCUAGAAACACCGAGCACUAACUAUGUGACAUGGAACAUACGUGAACGACGAUGGAACACAGGUAAUAUACUUCUAGCAAUGUAUUUCUGGAAAAACGCAUUCGGUAAACCUAUGCGAUGGCUUCAAAAAAAACUCCAGCGGUCGAAAUUUAAUAAGACCAAAGUCAGGACAGAAACAAAACUAGACUUCGUGACCUCGUACAUAGUACAUUCAUCGCUGCGACAAAUGUUGAUAAAGCCUGCUCUUUUAUUAUAUAUCAUUCUUGAAUAUUUCGUCUUUCUGCGCAACAGAUAUGCGUCCAUCAUCAUCGUCAUGUUCUGUGCACUAGUCUUUCCAAUGUUUUCUACGUGUAAUCGCAAAAAUUACAAGUUUGUCAUUUUGGAAACGAUGGCUUCCAUUCUCCUAUUCACGCCUGAAGCGCUAGUUGGUUGUGUUCGCCUUUGGCGCGCUUUUUAUGCCAAUAUUUUACUCAAUGUAGAAUGGAUACCCCAACGAGCCGUGGAGGAAGAUUUAAAAUGUUCUGAUCCGUUUCUGUCAAGUUUCAAGCAUCUCUGGGGUUAUUCAGUGUUUUCCCUAGUAGCAGGUGUUUUAGUUGUUAUCUUUCUUGAAAGAGCAAUUUUAUUCUUAGCUAUGCUGAUUACAACAGUCGUUUUACCUAUUUACGCUGGGACAACAUCGUUAACCACAGGCUUCAAACGCUGUAAGCCUAGAAGUUAAUCUGACCAUGUACACAUGUAAAUGCAGUUGCUGGGCCUCAUAUAUACGAUAGCAUUGGAAACACUUCUGAAACCAUUAUUGAAAUGAACAAAAUUAUAGACAAUGCGUUGACGCCAAACAUGUACACAAAUUACGGGUUUGAUGACAGCACAGAGUUUCCAAACAAUAAUAAACAGAAUAAUGUGUCAUGGUCAAAGGACGUAGAAAAUAUGAUUGCGAUAUCCGAACGAUACGGUCAGAUGUUAAGUCUGUUCCCUUUAAGAAAUGGUGAUUCACUGCGCGUUAAUCGUUCUUAAAAGUACGUGUCAGUAAUACACGUGAAACUUCCGAAACCAGCGGAUAAAAACGAAAACAACAAAUAUGAGGCUUUAAAUCUCCCUGGUAGUGAAAAUCCUUAUUCACAUGUGAAUAUGUCGACCAGGAGCUCUAACUCUGGAUCAUGCUUUCCUCAAAAAUCCCUAACACAGACACUGCUCCUACUGAAAAUGGGAUCAUUUGGCAUGUUAAAAACGUAACCUUUAUAAAGAUGCUUAAUUUAAAAGACUCAAACAAAUGAAAUCUCUAAAAUAUAGAACGAAGUAUUCAUACUACAUAACAAGUUCUCAAAGAGCAUACACGCUAAGUUCACAUUUUCAUAUGUAUCUACGUACCUUAAUGGAAUUAUUGGCCUUUAUACUUUCCAAAUAUAAAUAAUAUUAGCAGCAUAUAUUAAUCAAAAUGUCCUUUUUACUCAAGGUGUUUUUAAGAUCAGGCUGAUGGCCAUUUUGGCAGUACCCGAACUGUGUUCAUGCGCGAGUGAUGUCCACUUUCUAGAGUUAAAGGCCAUACUUGUAUAUUAAUUGUCAUUUUGUAGUAUAAUAUUUCUUUGACCGUGCAGAUGUUUCUUUGGUUUUAAUUGUUAGGUCUCUAGUUAACUUUGUAAUUGUUAUGUUAAUUCUUGAUAUGCUUUGGACGUCUUGAUAUUUGGUCAUGAGUUUUUUUAUGAUUACAUGUAUCUAUAGAUUUGCUCUGAAGUUUACUUUUUACUUUUAUAUUAUUUUUAUUAAAUAAUUUAAUUUAUACAUUUUAUUUAGUUUGUGAAAAGUAUUACUUGCAAAUUGUGUGGUCAUGGCUGGAUAAUAUUUGUGAUAGUUAAAUUGUUUGGUUUCUCUUGAUAUCGGAACUUUGAAACAAAUGAUUUGUCCAUUGAACGACCGUUUUAUUCGUCCGUAAUCAGUUAUGAUUGUGUUGUAAAGACUUGAAGUUGUAUUAGGCUGUUUAUUCAAUUUUAAAAACAUUUACUUCGAAGAUUAGUUAUA